AUGAUAUAUUAUAAUUUAAAAUUAGUUAUUUUUUCAAUCAUAUUAGGAACAUUAACCUUAAUUUAUAAUAAUGACUUCAAUUCUUUAUAUAAAAAUAUAAACUAUGAAAACAUCGUAUUAGGGCCAAUAAAUUAUAGAUCCUUAGCAGAAUAUUCGCAUGAACAUAGAACAAAUCAUAAACAUAAAAAUAGAGAAUUAAGAGAAUACCAAAAAACUAAAGAAGAACAAUACAAAAAAAACAAAUAUCCAAACGAUGGCGCAAAAACAAAACAAAAAAUACGACAAGUAACAGAAAAUGAAAAUACUGGAAUAUCAAAUUUAAGGAAAUAUAAAAAAGAAUCAUAUGAUAACGCACAAGGAGGAAAUUCAAAUAAAUCUCCUCGUUCCCUCAAAUAUUCAGAAAUUCAAAGAAAGCUUUAUAAUGAUUUAGAUGGAAAACAAGACAGGGAUGUUCAGAAUUAUUCAGAUGAUGAAUAUGAUUCUAAGAUAGAAAAAUAUGUACAUAAAUGUUUUUUGGUUAUUUUAUUAAUUUUGAGUUUUCCCCAUGCUCUCGUUUUGCCAUGUACAUAUUGUAAAAAAAAAAUGCACACAGACUAA